ACCAUGGAGUGAGUGUCAGAACAGAAAGCUGAGGCAGAAGCAGAGAGGAUGCAGGGAUCAUGCAUUCUGGUUUUUCUUCUUUAGCGAAACUAGGGCACAUGUAAGAUUAUACUUUUUCUGCUCUAGUCAGAAUUCUAAGGAAGUGCAUUGGGGACUAUUAUCCUCAACACACACAUGGAUUCCGUGCUGUGAUUUACAGUUCCCUUUAUUUCAGCACUUUCUUAUGCGAGGAGCUACACCGUGACUAAAGAAGCAGGAUGAAAAGAUGGCACAAUCAGUGCUGGUACCUCCAGGACCUGACAGCUUCCGCUUCUUCACCAGGGAAUCCCUUGCUGCUAUUGAACAGCGUAUUGCAGAAGAGAAAGCAAAGAGACCCAAACAGGAGCGCAAGGAUGAGGAUGACGAAAAUGGCCCAAAGCCAAAUAGUGACUUGGAAGCAGGAAAAUCCCUUCCAUUUAUCUAUGGAGACAUUCCUCCAGAGAUGGUGUCAGUGCCCCUGGAGGACCUGGACCCCUACUACAUCAAUAAGAAAACUUUUAUAGUAUUGAAUAAAGGAAAAGCGAUCUCACGGUUCAGUGCCACUUCUGCCCUGUACAUUUUAACUCCCUUCAACCCUAUUAGAAAAUUAGCUAUUAAGAUUUUGGUACAUUCUUUAUUCAAUGUGCUCAUUAUGUGCACAAUUCUUACCAACUGUGUGUUUAUGACCAUGAGUAACCCUCCAGACUGGACAAAGAAUGUGGAGUACACUUUUACAGGAAUUUAUACUUUUGAAUCACUUAUUAAAAUACUUGCAAGGGGCUUUUGUCUAGAAGAUUUUACAUUUCUACGGGAUCCAUGGAAUUGGCUGGAUUUUACAGUCAUUACUUUUGCAUAUGUGACAGAGUUUGUGGACCUGGGCAAUGUCUCAGCCUUGAGAACCUUCAGAGUUCUCCGAGCAUUGAAAACAAUUUCAGUGAUUCCAGGCCUGAAGACCAUCGUGGGGGCCCUGAUCCAGUCCGUCAAGAAGCUCUCUGACGUCAUGAUCCUGACCGUGUUCUGUCUGAGCGUGUUUGCUCUCAUCGGGCUGCAGCUCUUCAUGGGCAACCUGAGGAAUAAAUGCUUGCAGUGGCCCCCAGACAAUUCUACCUUUGAAAUAAACAUCACUUCCUUCUUUAAUAACUCAUUGGAUGGGAAUGGUACUACUUUCAAUAGGACAAUGAGCAUGUUUAACUGGGAUGACUAUAUUGAAGAUAAAAGUCAUUUUUAUUUUUUGGAAGGGCAAAAUGAUGCUCUGCUUUGUGGCAACAGCUCGGAUGCAGGCCAGUGCCCUGAAGGCUACAUCUGUGUGAAGGCUGGGAGAAACCCCAACUAUGGCUACACGAGUUUUGACACAUUUAGCUGGGCCUUCUUGUCCCUAUUUCGUCUCAUGACUCAAGACUUCUGGGAAAACCUUUAUCAACUGACACUGCGUGCUGCUGGGAAGACAUACAUGAUCUUUUUUGUUUUGGUCAUCUUCUUGGGCUCAUUCUACCUUAUAAAUUUGAUCCUGGCUGUGGUGGCCAUGGCCUAUGAGGAGCAGAAUCAGGCCACACUGGAAGAGGCUGAGCAAAAGGAGGCUGAAUUUCAGCAGAUGCUUGAGCAGCUUAAAAAGCAGCAAGAAGAAGCUCAGGCAGCGGCUGCUGCGGCCUCUGCUGAAUCCAGAGACUUCAGCGGUGCUGGGGGGCUAGGCGUGUUCUCUGAGAGCUCUUCAGUGGCGUCUAAGUUGAGCUCCAAAAGUGAAAAGGAGCUGAAAAACAGAAGAAAGAAAAAGAAGCAGAAAGAGCAGUGUGGAGAGGAAGAGAAAGAGGACGUGGUACGAAAAUCUGCAUCAGAAGACAGCGUCAGGAGGAAGGGCUUCCGCUUCUCCUUAGAAGGCAGCAGGCUGACGUAUGACCAGAGGUUUUCCUCCCCACACCAGUCUCUGCUGAGCAUCCGAGGCUCUCUUUUCUCUCCAAGACGCAACAGUAGGGCGAGCCUGUUCAGCUUCAGAGGCCGCACGAAGGACAUUGGCUCUGAGAACGACUUUGCGGACGACGAGCACAGCACCUUUGAGGACAACGACAGCAGGCGGGACUCUCUGUUCGUGCCGCACAGACACGGGGAGCGGCGCCCCAGCAACGUCAGCCAGGCCAGCCGCGCCUCGCGGGGGAUGCCCACGCUGCCCAUGAACGGCAAGAUGCACAGCGCCGUGGACUGCAACGGCGUGGUCUCGCUGGUCGGGGGCCCUUCGGCGCUCACGUCGCCCGUGGGCCAGCUCCUGCCCGAGGGCACAACUACUGAAACAGAAAUAAGGAAGAGAAGAUCCAGUUCUUACCAUGUUUCCAUGGAUUUGUUAGAAGAUCCUACAUCAAGACAACGAGCAAUGAGUAUGGCCAGCAUCCUGACCAACACAAUGGAAGAACUUGAAGAAUCCAGACAGAAAUGCCCACCCUGCUGGUAUAAAUUUGCUAACAUGUGUUUGAUUUGGGAUUGCUGUAAACCAUGGCUAAAGGUAAAACACCUUGUCAACCUGGUUGUGAUGGACCCAUUUGUGGACCUGGCCAUCACCAUCUGCAUUGUCUUAAACACGCUGUUCAUGGCCAUGGAGCACUACCCCAUGACGGAGCAGUUCAGCAGUGUGCUGUCUGUCGGGAACCUGGUCUUCACUGGGAUCUUCACAGCAGAAAUGUUUCUCAAGAUCAUAGCUAUGGAUCCAUAUUACUACUUUCAAGAAGGCUGGAAUAUUUUUGAUGGUUUUAUUGUGAGCCUUAGCUUAAUGGAACUUGGUUUGGCUAAUGUGGAAGGAUUAUCAGUGCUCCGAUCAUUCCGGCUGCUUAGAGUUUUCAAGUUGGCCAAGUCCUGGCCCACACUAAACAUGCUGAUUAAGAUCAUCGGCAACUCCGUGGGCGCCCUGGGCAACCUCACCCUGGUGCUGGCCAUCAUCGUCUUCAUCUUUGCCGUGGUCGGCAUGCAGCUGUUCGGCAAGAGCUACAAAGAAUGCGUCUGCAAGAUCAACGAGGACUGCACGCUGCCGCGCUGGCACAUGAACGACUUCUUCCACUCCUUCCUCAUCGUGUUCCGCGUGCUGUGUGGGGAGUGGAUCGAGACCAUGUGGGACUGCAUGGAGGUCGCUGGCCAGGCCAUGUGCCUUACUGUCUUCAUGAUGGUCAUGGUGAUUGGAAACCUCGUGGUUCUGAACCUCUUCUUGGCGUUGCUCCUGAGUUCCUUCAGUUCCGACAACCUCGCUGCCACUGAUGAUGAUAAUGAGAUGAACAAUCUCCAGAUUGCUGUGGGAAGGAUGCAGAGAGGGAUCGACUUUGUUAAAAGAAAAAUACACGAGUUCAUUCAACAAGCCUUUGUUAGGAAGCAGAAAGUUUUAGAUGAAAUUAAACCUCUUGAGGAUCUAAACAACAAAAAAGAUAGCUGUAUUUCCAACCAUACUACCAUAGAGAUAGGCAAAGACCUCAACUAUCUCAAAGAUGGGAACGGAACGACCAGUGGCAUAGGCAGCAGUGUAGAAAAGUACGUGGUUGAUGAAAGUGACUACAUGUCAUUCAUCAACAACCCCAGCCUCACUGUGACCGUACCCAUUGCUGUUGGAGAGUCUGACUUUGAAAAUUUAAAUACUGAAGAAUUCAGCAGUGAGUCAGACAUGGAGGAAAGCAAAGAGAAACUAAAUGCAACUAGUUCAUCUGAAGGCAGUACAGUUGACAUAGGCGCUCCUGCCGAAGGAGAGCAGCCGGAGGUGGAGCCUGAAGAGUCUCUGGAACCUGAAGCGUGUUUUACAGAAGACUGUGUGCGGAAGUUCAAGUGUUGCCAGAUAAGCAUAGAAGAAGGCAGAGGAAAGCUAUGGUGGAACCUGAGGAAGACAUGCUAUAAGAUAGUGGAGCACAACUGGUUUGAGACGUUCAUUGUCUUCAUGAUUCUGCUCAGCAGUGGCGCUCUGGCGUUUGAAGAUAUAUAUAUUGAGCAGCGAAAAACCAUUAAGACCAUGUUAGAAUAUGCUGACAAGGUUUUCACUUAUAUUUUCAUCCUGGAAAUGCUCCUGAAGUGGGUUGCAUAUGGUUUUCAAAUGUAUUUCACCAAUGCCUGGUGCUGGUUAGACUUCCUGAUUGUUGACGUCUCACUGGUCAGUUUAACAGCAAAUGCCUUGGGCUAUUCAGAACUUGGAGCUAUUAAAUCCCUCAGAACACUGAGAGCCCUGAGGCCCCUGAGAGCCUUAUCCCGGUUUGAGGGAAUGAGGGUAGUUGUCAACGCUCUCCUUGGGGCCAUUCCAUCCAUCAUGAAUGUCCUCCUGGUCUGCCUGAUAUUCUGGCUCAUAUUCAGUAUCAUGGGAGUGAAUCUCUUUGCUGGAAAGUUCUACCACUGUAUCAACUAUACAACUGGAGAGAUGUUUGAUGUGAGUGUGGUCAACAACUAUAGUGAGUGUAAAGCCCUCAUAGAGAGCAACCAAACUGCCAGGUGGAAAAAUGUGAAAGUGAACUUUGAUAACGUGGGACUUGGAUAUCUUUCUCUGCUUCAAGUAGCCACUUUUAAGGGAUGGAUGGAUAUCAUGUAUGCAGCUGUUGAUUCAAGAAAUGUAGAAUUGCAGCCCAAGUAUGAAGACAAUCUAUAUAUGUAUCUCUACUUUGUGAUCUUCAUUAUCUUUGGUUCUUUCUUCACUCUGAAUCUUUUCAUUGGUGUCAUCAUUGAUAACUUCAACCAACAGAAAAAGAAGUUUGGAGGUCAAGAUAUCUUCAUGACAGAAGAACAGAAGAAGUAUUACAAUGCAAUGAAGAAGCUGGGGUCCAAGAAGCCACAAAAACCCAUACCGCGACCUGCUAAUAAAUUCCAAGGGAUGGUCUUUGAUUUUGUAACUAGACAAGUCUUCGAUAUCAGCAUCAUGAUUCUCAUCUGCCUCAACAUGGUCACCAUGAUGGUGGAAACGGACGACCAGAGCCAGGAGAUGACUAACAUCCUGUACUGGAUCAACCUGGUGUUCAUCGUCCUGUUCACGGGAGAGUGCGUUCUAAAGCUCAUCUCCCUCCGCUAUUACUAUUUCACCAUUGGGUGGAAUAUCUUUGACUUUGUGGUGGUCAUUCUCUCCAUUGUCGGAAUGUUUCUGGCCGAGCUGAUAGAAAAGUAUUUCGUGUCCCCUACCCUGUUCCGAGUGAUCCGUCUUGCCAGGAUUGGCCGAAUCCUCCGUCUGAUCAAAGGAGCCAAGGGGAUCCGCACGCUGCUCUUCGCCUUGAUGAUGUCCCUUCCUGCCUUGUUCAACAUCGGCCUCCUGCUCUUCCUCGUCAUGUUCAUCUACGCCAUCUUUGGCAUGUCCAACUUCGCCUAUGUUAAGAGGGAAGUUGGAAUUGAUGACAUGUUCAACUUUGAGACCUUCGGCAAUAGCAUGAUCUGCCUGUUCCAGAUCACCACCUCGGCAGGCUGGGAUGGGUUGCUGGCACCUAUUCUUAAUAGUGGACCUCCAGAUUGUGACCCGGAAAAAGACCACCCAGGAAGCUCAGUGAAGGGAGACUGUGGGAACCCUUCUGUGGGGAUUUUCUUCUUCGUCAGCUACAUCAUCAUAUCCUUUCUGGUCGUGGUGAACAUGUACAUUGCUGUCAUCCUGGAGAACUUCAGUGUGGCCACUGAGGAAAGCGCAGAGCCCCUGAGCGAGGAUGACUUCGAGAUGUUCUACGAGGUCUGGGAGAAGUUCGAUCCCGAUGCCACCCAGUUCAUAGAGUUCUCCAAACUCUCAGACUUCGCGGCUGCCCUGGAUCCUCCUCUUCUCAUCGCAAAGCCAAACAAAGUCCAGCUCAUCGCCAUGGACCUGCCCAUGGUCAGCGGAGACCGGAUCCACUGCCUGGACAUCUUGUUUGCUUUUACAAAGCGGGUUCUGGGCGAGAGUGGGGAGAUGGAUGCCCUGCGCAUACAGAUGGAAGAGCGAUUCAUGGCCUCGAACCCCUCCAAAGUCUCUUACGAGCCCAUCACAACCACUCUGAAGCGCAAACAGGAGGAGGUGUCUGCCAUUGUUAUCCAGAGAGCUUACAGACGUUAUCUCCUGAAGCAAAAAGUGAAGAAAGUUUCAUCUCUAUAUAAGAAAGACAAGGGCAAAGAAGGCGAGGGAACACCAGUCAAGGAAGAGAUCCUCACUGAUAAACUCAACGAGAAUUCAACUCCAGAGAAAACCGACAUGACCCCUUCCACCACUUCUCCUCCUUCCUAUGACAGUGUGACCAAACCAGAGAAGGAAAAAUUUGAAAAGGACAAAUCAGAAAAGGAAGACAAAGGGAAAGAUAUCAGGGAAAGUAAAAAGUGAAAUGAAACAAAGAACAUCUCAUUUUGUGAUCAAAUGUUUACAGCCUGUGAUGGUGGUGUGUUCGUGUCAACAGGACUCCCUCAGGAGGUCUAUGCCAAACUGACUGUUUUUACAAAUGUAUCCUUAAGGUCAGUGCCUAUAACAAGACAGGGACCUCUGGUCAGCAAACUGGGACUCAGUAAGCCAGAGAACCAGCAAGGACAGGAGGUUUCUGUCUUCACAACCAGCUGACACUGCUGAAGAGCGGGCAAUGGCUACUUAGACGACUGAAAGCAACUGCAGGGGGAGGGAAGGUACAUGUUUAAGUUCGACAUGUGACACUUGAUGCCAGUUACCUGUCACCGCUGUUUGUGUUUUAACUGCCACACCUGCCAUAUUUUUACAAAACGUGUGCUGUGAAUUUAUCACCUUUUUUGUUCAACUCACGGGUUGUUUACUCUUAUAUGUGACUAUUUUUGUAAAUGGGUUUAUGUUUGGGGAGAGGGUUUUGAGAGGGAAUUUGACAUUUCUCUGUGUAUAAUGGGAUCUAUUUUAAAUGAGGGCAUGCUGCAAUUCUCAUUCACACAUAAAAAUAUCACAUCACAAAAGGAAAGAGUUUACUUCUCAUUUCAGGAUGUUUUUAGAUUUUUGAGGUGCUUAAAUAGCUAUUCAUAUUUUUAAGGUGUUUCAUCCAGAAAAUUUUUAAUGUGCCUGUAAAUGUGUCCCAUAGAAUCACAAGCAUCAAAGAGUCAUUUUAUUUUUACAUAAUCCAUUAUAUGUACAUGUAUAUAUGUAUAUAUGUAUAUGACCAUGUAUAUACAUAUAUAUGUAUACACACAUGCAUACAUAGGGAGACACAUGCACCAUUUACAUAGUCAUUCAAUGUCCUGGCAGCAUGACUAUAACAUUUUUGAUAAGUGUCCUUUGGCAUAAAAGAAAAAUAUCCUAUCCGUCCUUUCUAAGAAACCUGACUUGACCAAAAAGCAUUGCCGCCACCACUUUAUAAAGUUGAUUCUUUUUCCUGCAGUAUUGUUUAGCCAUCUUCUGCUCUUGGCAAGGUUGACAUAGCGUAUGUCAAUUUAAAACAAAUUAAAGUCUGCUUUGUAAAUAGUAGUUUUACCCAGUGGUGCAUGUUUGAGCACACAAAAAAAAAUGAUGAUGUAAGCACAGUAUUUAUUGCAUCAAAUAUGUACCACAGUAAGUAUAGUUUGCAAGCUUUCAACAGGCAAUACGACAUCAUUGGUUCCAUUAUAGUUUGAAGCUGUUGCUGCUGCAUGUUAUCUUGCCAAUGCUGCUGUCUCUUACUCCUUCCACUGUGCGGAAGUCUAAUAUGGGAAGCCAUAUGCCAGUGGUGAUGUGAAGCAAAGUGUUCUCUUGAGACAUCAUUCUUCAUGUCACUGAGCAAUAGGUUGCAGCUAAUGAUGAAGAGCUUCUUGCUUUUUUCUCUUCCAAUCUUAACUGAGCACUCUCUGGUCAAAUCCUGACUGUAUAAAAACAUGUCGCAAGCUGCUUAGAUCUGUUGAAAAUAUAUGGUUAGAGUUUUCUAAGAAAAAAAAUAUAAAUACUGUAAAAAAAAAAGCUCAUUUUAUUUUAUUUUUCAGCCUUUUGUACAUAAAAUGAGAAAUUAAAAGUAUCUUCAGGUUGAUGCCACAGUCACCUUGUUAGUUUUUGUUUCCAGCACUUUCAAACUAAAGCACUUCACAAACUAAGAGAUAAUGGACUAAGAUGCACUGUUAGGUUUCUGCUUUUUUAUUAGUACUGUAAACUUGCAUACAUUUCAAUGUGAAACAAUUCUCUCACUGACUUCAGUGUCCAUUUGCUUUCAAAUAGUAAUGCCUUAUCAUUGAAAGAGGCUUAAAGAACGAUCAGUUGAUAUUCUCAGUAUUGCUUGAAUCAGAUGUUUCCAUCCAGUCCCCCCCCCCAGCCCAUCUCACCCAGUUCUACUCUCCAGUCAUUUCCAGUGUUUGAUUACACUAAUAUCUAGACAUAAUCUUAUUGAUCCAGAUGGCACCAGAACUGUAUCAGAUAUGGUAUGGGAUUCGGGCUUUCUUUUUUUUUUUUUUUUUCACAAAACCAGGUAGUGAAAUUAUAUUACCAGUUACAGCAAAAUGUUUUGUGUUUUCACAAGCAACCUUCAAUAUAGAUUCUUUCUACUCAAGCUAUUGACCUGUAGUGUGUUGGUGCAAUGCAUGCAGGAAAAUCUGUUAACAUAAAGAACGGUAAACCACAUUACAAUCAAGCCAAAAGAAUAAAAGUUUCGCUUUUGUUUUGUAUUUAAUUGUUCUGUCUAUGUUUCUCUCUUUGAAAUGCCACUUAAAGGUAAAUUUCUAUCAUGUAAAAAUGAUCUAUCUGAAAAAAAUACAUGUAAAGAUACACACUAAAUACAAUAACUCAUCUUUAAAUUUUUCAUGGAAUGGGAAUUAAUUAAGAAGAGUGUAUUGGAUAGCUAGUUUUAAUACUGGCCAAAAACCUUAGAUAUGGUACCAGUUAGUAUAGAUGAAAGUUACAAAAAUUAAUAAAAAAAAUUGACUAACA